AAAAGUUUGACAAGUAAACAAUAUUCAUGCUAGUUCUGAUCAACUAAGCCAACUAAGCCUACUGUAAAAAUGGUCCAGUGUACAUAAUUAAGGGUGGAGAAUCUUUUCAUCUCUCAAGAUUAUUUGCUUUAUAUGCAUUCCGUUCGCGUCCAACAAUCGUACUGAAAAUUUAAAGAAGACUGUUUCAAAACUCAACCCGUUGAAGUUUCACCUCAGUGGCUAUAACACUUUUUCAGAAAGCAGUAAAAUAAACAAGCACAUGAUCUUGUGAUCACGACAGACGAUUUUGUCAAGAGGACUCUUUCUUUCCUAGUCAAUUGAUCGUUAGAAUUGCCUACCAGUACAUCAUAUUAUAUAUUUCAUCUAAAAUAAUAACAGCAAGCCAAAAUGAAGUAAUUUCAAAGGGUGUUUAGUACCAGUACUAUCUGCAAUCCAAAUGCGUUUAUGAUAAUGAUUGGCUCUAGGUUAUAUGCCUACUUUUGGGAUAAAGGAACAUUAUCCAAUAUGCCUUUAAAAGUGGGGAGGAGUAGGGCGAAAGAAAACCAUUCGGACUUUUUGUUUUUUUAUGAAAACAAGCGCGCAUCCGCUUCCCCGGGUUAGUACACGGAGCUUAAACGCGGUCAAACCUCUCAAAAUGGAGGCACUUUUGUUCUAACAUUGCUGUAUCUUUUGAACGGAGCAUCGUAUUAACUUGGGGUGAACGGAAUAUGAAAGAAUACGUUUCAGGCUUUUCCAUCAUGUAUGUUUCGUAAACCUUUUCGAACAAACCAGGGAUCGUUUUGUCUUCAAAUGUUUGCACUCCGCCGCAGUUAUCUAUGGAGAAGCAUUGAGAACUGGCCAAACUGCCCGUGUUUACACUGACCCGUCGUCUUUGACUUAACGCAGCAAGAGAACCAAAGGUCAUCGAACUUUGGGGUGAACGGUUUUGUAAAGAGAGAGAACCCCUCUUUCUUCCAUGUAAACUUCAUUUUGAUUGGCUUAAAAUCCACGGAUCAUUUUUCAUCUAAAGUUUGCUUCCAAUAAGCCCCCUCCUUACAAAAAAGGCUGUUGUAAGCGUACGUUGGUCACGUGACAACUUCCCGCGAAGCUUGCAUACGUACGUGCACUCUGACCUGCAUUUCGGAGCCACACUCGAUCGAUAGUAGUGCCACGUUUCGUCUCUUUUUUGUGCUUUUACAACCAACUUAUGCCAUAUUAUUUGUAUCCCGACUUAUAUUUGUAUCCUGAGAGGAGUCGGUUUUGGUAAGACAUCGAAACUGUCAAAUUCUCUGGCGAGAAACGACGUCUUUCCCAGCGUUUUCAGAUGGAAGUCGUCUGAUUUUGGAAGUAUCUUUCCGCUGGGGACCGUUCCAUUCGGAUAAUAGAUUUUCAUGGCAGAACGAUCAAAGAGAAACAUACAGAGGUUGGAUUACAAAGCGUUGGCGGAAGGAACAGCAAUUCCAAAAGACAGCCAGAAGCAGGCCAAGUGGUCAACAUCAAAACUCUACCCUCUGAUUGUUUUGGACUCCAAGACAGAGGACGAUACAGUUUAUGCUUUAGUGCAUUACAUUGACUGGGACAAAAAAAUACGACGAGUGGAGACCUCUUAAUGAAGUAGUGAAUAUAUCAGAUAAGUUCGUCGAAACAACAGAGGAGGCAACAGCAUUCUUUUAUUUGCAACUGGCCAUCAACAUAAAGGAGAGUCUUCACAUUCAAAGAAAUACAGACAGUAGUGUGGAGAUCACGGAUUCCCAUCCAAAGAGACGCAUUUGAGCCUCUGAGAUCACAAGGACAAAUUAACUCAAAUGGGAAGUAUACACUAAGAAAUCUUGGUGACUUGAAUGGCCUGCUUGGUCAAAACUGGCACUUCAGGAUUGUUAAUUCCAACAAGGACUUCUCCCGUGUUGUGGAUGGUACCGUCAACUUUCGCAUGACUGAGAGAGCACCCUUGGCUGAAUUCAAUGCAGAAGGUGAAUGCAUAUAUACCCAUCGUGGAUAUGUCUUAGUGUUUGGGUUUGUACGAGAUCGGGGAAAUGCACUAGACAUGCAUACAUUGCAGCUUUAAUUUAUUGCUGCUGUUUAUCCUUUGCUGCACUGUUUACUAAAGUGGAAUUAAUUAUAUAAUUGAAGUAGAAACACUGUAUUAGCUAGAAAUCCACACUCUGGGUGUGCAUUGCCAUUUUAUUCAUUUGGUUGAAAUCUGGGGUUUUCAUCCCCUAUAUACUGCAUGUAAAUUAUGCUCAAACCUGGGUGUGAUUUUUUACAAAAGAGAGUUCAAAACAAUCCCUCGUAGGUGGCUAGCUAAUACACUGAUGUAGUACAUGUUAUUUAUUUAUUGUCCAUGUUGUGAGCUUUGGCAACACAAUUAUCUUUCCAUAUUGAUUGCGUCACAUUGUACGAUUACAUCAUGGUAAAUUCGAUGUGUGUAUUACUCACAUUUUGCGUGUGUCUUCACAUGUCAAGUGCCUUGCCUGAAGACGCCUACUUUGAAGAGUUUCCCCAUGUUGUUAAUUUGCAGUUGAACAACUUGUUUUUGUACAACUUGGCAAGCAACCCUGUUCCCUCAACCCUGAAAACAUUGAAUGUGUGCUGCAAACUAUUCUAACUAAGUACCAUAUAAACAGAGAGCAGAUUCACACAGGAAGAGUAUUGAAAGUACUUGCUGAGAAAAUUAAGUUUUUGCUCCGCAAAUUUAAACUUGUGAAGAAAUCUGGCUUCAAAAAGAAAGCGCUGUUCAAAAAAUGGAGGAAAACAAACUACACUUUGAGAAUGCCCCACCGUACUGGUUCACCAACUAAAAGAGAAUUGCAAAAGGUAGAAGAAGAAAUGUUACUUAUGCAGGAUGAGUUGAUAAAUACAAGACGUGUUUUGGGAGAAUUGCAAGAACAAAAUCAAGAAAUGUCAAGGAAAGUAGACCGAUUAAACAAUGUCGGGAAAUGCAGGUCUGGAAAGAGAGGAAAAGCCAAAGGCAAACAAGACUACAGUAAAUCGCAGAAAAGACGACAAAAAAAACAACACUUGGAGUCACUCCAAUCAGCACUCAAAAAUGUUUCAACCUCAACUUGCGAACCUGUCAGUAUCACAUUCAAGGAUGAAUUAGGAGAUGAGGUGGUAGUUCACUGUGGCAAUGAAAGAAAAAUAACAACAGAAUACUGUAAGGAUGACAUUGAUGAAAUGAUAUUUAUUCUGGACCAGUACAAUAUUCCCAACAGAGGUUAUCACGAACUUGCUCAAUCUAAAUCAACGCUUCCAAAAGCAUGCCGAGUGAUUGAAAGACGUCAUGAGCUCAAUAAAAGAAUUAAUAUAGUUCAGACAGCUCCCGAGUAUCCAGGGGUGUACACCUCCCUUUCUAGCUCACUUGUCGAGAAAUUAGCAGACCCACAGAGGGCACAUGUCGUGAAGGAUGGCAAGGUCAGGAUAAAACUAAGUGGAGAUGGUACACGAAUAACAUGCAAGCAAUCCUUUGUCAAUUUGUCUUAUACUCUUGUUGAUGAAGAAACCUGUAUGUCUGAGCAUGGAAACUAUCUUUUAGCCAUUGUCAAAUGUAGGGAAGAUAAUACAUCUCUCAAAUCUGCACUAUGUGAACUGAUUACGGAAUUCGAAACUUUAACAUGUGUUACUGUUAAUGGACAGGAUAUUGAGGUUGAGAAAUAUCUUGGUGGCGAUCUUAAAUAUCUCAAUCAGAUCAUGGGCAUCGCUGGAUUUGCCAGCAAGCAUUCAUGCUUGUGGUGUAAAUGCUCAAAAGAACAACGUCAUGAUAUGAAGAAAGCAUGGUCUAUAAAUGAUCCCGAAUGUGGUGCAAGAACUAUUCAAGAUAUAGUUACCUGCUCGAAGAAAAAACUUUCAGAUCCAACAAAAUUCUGCUGCAACGAACAUCCGAUUUUCCUCUCUGUACCUAUCUAUUGGGUCGUUCAGGACACACUGCAUCUCUGUUUAAGAAUUUGUGAUCAAUUAGUAGGUCACCUGUUUGCCUACUUAUUGAAACUGGACAACAUUUCAAAACACACUGUCACGAAAAAGAAGUUGGAGAAUUCAGUCCAUGUGAACAAAUUUCAAGAGUUCAUUCAUGACAAAGUUGGGAUAAGUGACUGGAAGUUUUACAUCAACAACGGUAAAAUUGAAUAUAGGUCAUUCAGAGGUCCUGAACACCGGAAAAUAUUGAAAAAUAUGGACCUUGAAUCUUUGAUUCCAAACCACCCAAAACUAGAUGAAUGGAAAAUAUUGUGGCAAAACUUUCCACUCUUGUUGGCAGAAAUGAGAAAAAAUGACAGAUACAGAGAUUGAUAGCUUCGAACGAGCAGCUAAGGACUGGGUCCAUUUUGUUCUACACAGUUAACUGUACAUGUAGUACUGACAUCACACCGUACAUGCAUCUAAUGGCCUAUCAUGUUCCAGAGGCUAUGCGACUCCAUGGAAAUAUAUCCCAUUUCUGCCAGCAAGGGUUGGAAAAACUUAAUGAUCUAGUUACAAAAUGGUACUAUAGGUCAACUAAUUUCGGUCCCGCCGCCAUGUCACAAAUAAUGUCAAAGCAACAUCGGUUGCACAUCUUGCAUGGGCAGUUCAAAAGAAAGCCGAAGUGGACAGUCACUUGCAGCCUUUGCAAAGAAAAUGGUCACAACAAACGAACUUGUGUUCAUUAAUAAACAUAAGGUUACAUACCCCCACAAAUGCGUAUUCGGGUUGCGGUUUUCUUGUUUUCUUCUUCUAUUUUGGACAAAGACAGGGUUAAAAUGAUGUAAUUAAAUACUGAUUUGAGUGCAAAUUCUCUAUACUUAAUGUUUUCAAUCAGGAAUUACAAAACCAAAGAAUCGUGUACUAGCACAAUAAGAUGUGUGCUCACUAUGUUUUGAUUUCAUGUAUUAAUAUUUGAUCUUAACAGUUUUUUUUCGACAUUUGGAUCAUUAUUGUUUGCAGUAUAGUGUUAGUUUGCAUUAUACAUUUAGUUUGUCAGGAUUUGUUGUGAAUUGUUUGUAACCGUAUAACAUUGUUUCCAUUACCAGUAUUACAUUUGCAGGGCUUGCGAAAUUUCAAAACAUGUGGUUGCCCUUCGGACAGGGGUGUUUAAAAUCUGGUUGCCCGAAUUUCAUUUUCAAUAAGGAAGUUAGUGGAAAAUAGUGGAAAAUAUAAGUAUUGCUGGAAAAAGUGGUUUCCCAUUGGGUUGGCAACCUGGAACUUCUGGUUGUUGAACAAAAUAUUGUGGUUGUCCCGGGACGUCUGACGGCUGUUUUCGAGAGCCCUAACUAAUAGAUAUGAAUGGAUUACUGAAUUUAAUAUCGAUAUGUUGGUCGUUUAUUUCUAAUCAAAGUAUUGUUUUUAUUAUUAUGAACCAAUUAACUUUAUUUGCAAAUAAGCCUUUGUCACAACCAUGCUUAUUGUGGAAAUUCAGGGUUUAUUCGCAUCCCAGUUAGAUGUAUAAUGUAAAUACUGUAUAGUUGUAUUUUUUUAUUUCCCUUGCCAAAGCCAUCCAAACUUGUCAAUGUCAUUAUGGAAAUAGUUAACCUGUUUAUCAACAUAAUGCCUUUUAUGCCAAUUUGAAAACUGUACACGCGGCACUAUAUUUAUGCCAAAUCACUCAAGAUCAAAAGUUGUCAUUACGGGUCAGAUGGUGCUAUAUUAUGAAAAAUGUUCUGUAACACACUCGACAGUAUUCUAAAAAAUAUAUAUAUAACAGCCUUGCAAUUUUGCAGAAAUCAGAAUUUGUUAUCAGUACAAAUAAUUAUUUUCACAAAUGUUUUAUAUAUUAAUGUAUCUGUGCCAUUAUUCUGUCUAAGUGUUUUAUGAUGCAAAUAAAAUUGUUCUAAAAACGAU